AUGAAUGUCUCCACGUCUACAAUAUCGACUAAGCGGCGCGGGCUGAAGAAGGUGGUGGAGGAGGAGAAUGCUGCGACGUUGCAGCUGGGGGAGGAAUUUCAGCUGCGACAGAUCAACCACCAGGGCCAGGAAGAAGAGCUGAUCGCGCUGAACCUCAGCGAGGCACGGCUGGUGAUCAAGGAGGCGCUGCAGCACCGGCGGCGGGUGUUCGGGCAGUGGCGGGACGGGCUGGAGGAGGACGAGGCGGACGGGGAACACAAUAUGACGCAGGAGAAGGAGCUGGCGAUGCUGGACAAGCUGCUGGAGAAGACGACGGGGGGACAGAACCAGGCGCUGAAGCAGACGAUGGUGUACCUGACGAACUUCGCGCGGUUCCGGGACCAGGAGACGGUGACGGCGGUGACGCAGCUGCUGGCGUCGACGGGACUGCACCCGUUCGAGAUUGCGCAGCUGGGGUCGCUGGCGUGCGAGGACGCGGACGAGGCCAAGACGCUGGUGCCGAGCCUGGGGAACAAGAUCUCGGACGAGGACCUGGAGCGGAUCCUGAAGGAGCUGUCGAACCUGGAGACGCUGUACUAG